CAGACGACUGAGGAUAACAACGAUGUUAACCAAACAGCAGUCUCCUUCCAUGAGGUGCACGCCCACUUUUGGGAAGCGGAAGAUGGACCACCUCUGUUUGUUUCUUGCCGUAAACUGGAAGCAAUCGUCUGAACUCCAUUUCGAUGGCACAUCUGCAGUCAUGGGCUGUUAUGAACUCUGGAAGCAGUGAGGAAAGACAUGUAACGCCAGAGAUAUUAUCUAAAUAUCCAGCAGGCAUGUGUUGAUUCAUCUAACUAUGGCAAAGUGGUAAAAGGUGCCCCCUCCCGUCGCGGUGCUCCCCAGCCGGUGUUUCUGCUGCCAUGGAGGUGGGCAGCCUCCCCGUGGAGCUGUGGAGAGUUAUCUUGGCCUAUCUUCCGCUCCCUGACCUGGGCCGCUGCUGCCAGGUGUGCCGCGCCUGGCGGGAGCUCAUCCUCUCUCUAGACAACACCCGCUGGAGACAGCUCUGCUUAGGCUGCCCCGAGUGCAGACAUCCCAACUGGCCCAGUCAGCCCCAUAUGGAGCCCCCGUCCUGGAGAGAGGCCCUGAAGCAGCACGCCCUGUCCACCCGCACCUGGACUCAAAAUGGGCCAGAGCUCCAGUCCUCUGCCUGCCUCCUCUUUUUCCGUCGUAGAAAAGACCGCAGGGUUUGGCAUGUAGGGGCUGGAUGUGAGUUUGAGACCCUACGUGGUGCCCUUGGGGUGGCGGGGCCAUAUGAUCGUGUAGUUCUCCAUCCAGGGGUGUAUGAAGAGCAGGCUGAAGUGGCGCUGAAGGUGCCUGUGGAGCUGGUUGGGCUGGGUCGAUUGGGCGAGGUGGCCCUCCUGGUGUGUAUGGAGCAGCAGUGCCCUACUGCCAGGCUGUGUAAUCUGGUGUUCAUGCCACCCUGGUUCUCCACUGUGGUCUACAAGACAUCAUGGGGUCACGUCCAACUCGAUAACUGCAACUUUGAGGGGGCUCAGCUGCAAGUCCGUGGCCCAGGAACCUGUCAGGCUCGCUUCUGCUCCUUUUCACAAGGCAGCUCCGCCCACUUGCUGGGCGUUGUGCUCAGUUUGUUGGACAGCUGUGACUUCUCUGGUAGUGACACAGCUUCUGUGACUGUUGAAGGUCCUCCAGUGUCAGAGAGGAACUGGGCUUGUAAACACUUGGCUGCCCUGGCCAGGACGUUCCCUUCAUGUGGCCCAUCUGGGAACCAUAGCCCUCCCACAGCCCCUCCGGCUGGCUCCACAGGUGGGCAUCAGCCGCCAAGUGCUAAUAUGAAAAAGGAGCAUGUGAGCAUAGAAGACUGGCAGAGGAGGACUGGAGUAGAUGCAGUGUGUCAGGGCACGGUGAUUGAAGACGGCUGGAGUGAUGGCGACCACAGUGACGGAGAGGAGAACCGAGAUGGAGGAGGAACUAACAACACCAAAAACCCACUUAUAUUGGAUUACAAAAUCUCUUGUGACAAUCAUGGCCUAUCCCAUUUGCUCAAGCCUCGGACAGAUGGUUCUCUGCCACCGGCCUCCUCCCCGGAUCCACCGUCUGUGACCCCUGAACCCCUCACCUUUCAGCAGGAACUAGACAGGGACCCAGAGGCUCAGAUGUUGGCAGCCUCCACCCUUGGCUGUAUCCUCAGACGCUGCCUCUUCAGGGAAGGAAAGGGUGGCGUGCAUUUGUCUAAUUACGGACAAGCUCGGCUGGAGGGCAACGUUUUCCGUGGGCUGAACUAUGCUGUCCGCUGCAUCCAGAACUCCACAAUAGUGAUGCUUAGAAAUGAGGUGUGUGAGUGCCGUGCAUCAGGUGUGUUCCUGCGCCUCUCCGCUCAGGGCCUCAUUGCAGAAAACAACAUCCACUCGAAUGGGGAGGCGGGGCUGGACAUCCGGAAAGGGGCUAACCCUAUCAUUGUGUGCAACAAAAUACACAGUGGUUUGCGUUCAGGGGUUGUUGUCCUUGGCAAUGGCAAAGGUUCAAUUCGGAGCAACCAGAUCUAUAACAACAAGGAAGCGGGCGUGUAUAUUCUCUUCAGCGGAAAUCCUGUGGUCAGUGGGAAUCACAUCUUCCAGGGUCAGGCAGCAGGGAUUGCUAUAAACGAGAAUGGCAGAGGGAUGAUAACAGAGAAUGUGAUCAAAGAGAACCAGUGGGGGGGUGUGGACAUUCGCAGAGGAGGUGACCCCAUCCUGAGGAACAACUUCAUCUGUUAUGGCUACUCAGACGGCGUUGUGGUGGGAGAGAGAGGCCGGGGACUCAUUGAGGGAAACCAUGUCUACUGUAACAAAGGCUGUGGUGUGUGGGUUAUGUCAUCCAGCCUCCCGCAGCUCCUGGGGAACUACAUAACCCAUAAUUGCAUGUACGGGUUGGCAGUGUUCUGCAGGAAAGAUCCAGAGAACAUCGAGGCCAGGGAGGGGAACUGGCCGGGGCAGGAUGGGAUUGGUGGUGAAGCAGGCAGCGGGGAAAGGAGGGGGGUGGAAGGAGAAGGGAGAGAAGGUCAGGAGAACUUGAAUGAAGAGGGGGAACUGUUUGCAUGGGAGAGUGAUCUGGACAGUGAGGAUGAGCGCCACUCUGCCCGUCGUUCUAUCAGUGUGGCCCUGGUAGAGAGCAACUGCAUGAGCCACAAUGGAGCAGUUGGUCUGUACGUGAAAAGCAGUGAGCCCCUGAAUGUUUUUGCUAACCUUGUGAACAGUAACCGUGGCACAGGCAUAGCUGUGCUGCAGAGCAGUCAGCUGACCCGACUGGUUACAAACUGCGUUCUUGAAAAUGGUCGAGGUGGUGUUACAGUGGAGAAAGACUGUAGAGUGGAGCUUCGUGGUAACGGCAUCUAUAAAAACUGCGGCCAUGGAGUCAGUUUCAGUGGUAACGGGCAGAUUGUGGAGAAUGAUGUGGUUGGAAACCGUGGAUACGGGAUCCAAGUCUCUGGCAGUGCUGAUGUUAAGGUAUUGCGCAACCGUGUCCAGCCAGCACAGAGCUGUGGCGUCGCUGUGCUAGGGCCAGUAAAAGGUGUCGUCCAUGACAAUCUCUUGUUCCAGGGUAACCCUGGGAACAAAAAGGCACUGCUGCAUAUGGAUCCUGGCAAUGAAAGCUGUGUGUUGCGCAACAACAGUGUUCUAAGGCAUAAUAACAGCUCUCCAUCUGCUCCUCCUUGGGUUCUGGAAAACCCUCCACCUCGUCCGCUGCCCAGCUCCCCUUCUGGCCUCUCCUCAUCCCAGUAUCCCUCCAGACUUGGAAUUUCCAUGACGACCAGGAUCAGCGCCACUGUAGAAAGCGGUUGCCACAGUGGCAGCAUGUUCUGUUCCAUCCUGUGAAUGCUGGCAGGCACUCAGAAACCAAUAUGAAUGACUUUCUAAAGAGGUCAGCAUCUGGUUGCUUUUGAAAUGGUGUGCAUCGUACAUUUGGAACACUCUGACCUUCCUCAAAGAAGACUUUCCAAAAUCAUGGCCUCUUGUUGAGGUUGAGCAACUGUCAAAGAAGUAAGAGGCUGCUCUGAGUAUAACCACUUAAGGGGUCAUCCACCUUGCAGUACAUAAGGGUGGCACAUUUUGUAAAUCUGAAAUCAGACUUUUGUAAUUUUAUGAUUAAAUGCCAGUGCACUCAUCAAUCAUGGACUAUUGAAGUGAAGCCGUCAUCAUCCCUCGUCUUAUUCAACCAUUUUCAUACUGAAGCUUUAACUUAAUUGUGUUCUGUUCCAUUCGGAUUUCAUAUUCAUGUACAGACCUGCUGUAGACUUUGUUGGUUUCGUCAGUUUGCUUCCAAGACUCGCUGGUUGGGAAGUGCACAUUUUUUAUAAAUCCUAGCAGGAGUCAAAGGCUUUAGAGAUGCCAGCUUCAACCAUGCUACAAAGUACAGCUGUGCCUUGUUGGACUUUUUAUUCAAUGACUGGUUGUAGCUAGGGAAGGAGCUGUCAUAGUGUGAAGUGUAUAUGCAAAAAAGCAGAAAAACAAAACAGAAAACAAAGCUAAACUUAGUUAGCUAGUUCGGAUUGUUUGAAGUGGGGCCGUGUGAGGUGCUUGUCCAUUGUUAGUGUAUUAUCUGCAGUAGAGCACACUUCAUUUUAAGAAGCAGACAGUACCAACAUGAAAGCUAUGUACUGCUUUAGAUGGGCAGCAGCAAAAUUUUAAAAAGCCAUCUAAAAAAUCUUUAUCAGUUUAAGUGGAUGCCAUAUUUAGAGUAUUUUCACCACUUCACCUUGUUGUCAGACAGCCCUCUCCUUAAGCAAUACAUUUUCACAAUAGAACUUCUGUAAUUCUACACUUUCAUACAUUCUAUAAUUCUCUGCCAGCUCGAUCAGUCUCCCUUUGUAAAAGUUCCUCCUCUGUAUCGUCUUGUCCCCACAGUGAUCAACAUUUUGCCGUUGUCAUAAUCACUGUUUUUUAAUUUUCUUCUAUUUGUUGUCUCUUCUCUUAGCUGCUGAAAGCCUGAGCCAAAUAGUUGACCUGCAGCAUAAUACAGUGCACAGUAAAGUUGCACUUAUUUGUAGGAAUAUGGAUGUUGAGGGUUCCCACGGUCAUGGAAAACCUGGAAAAGUCAUGGAAUUUCAUAAUAAAAUAUUCCAGGUCUGGAAAAGUCGUGAAAUCUGGAUCCCCUGGAAGUUUUACAGCUGAGAAAAUGUAGUGCCAAAGGUAGGGGGCUAUCUGAAGGCAAGGUAAAGCGGUGAAAAUAUUCUCAAUGUAGCGUACAUUUAAACUGGUAAUUUUUCUAAGUGGCUAAAAUGCGUUUUUCUGCUGCCCUUGUUCACAGCAGUACAUUUCUGAGCUUCUAUGUCAGCACUCCUGUCUGCUUCUCCAAACUGGGGGUGUGCCAACUGAAAUCUACUGAAGGUUAAUACACUGACUAUGGGUAAUUAACUCUUACAACCCCACUUAAAAAAUAUCCAAACAAUCCCUUUAAGCUUCUGCUUCUUGCACAGAGCUAUUUACAGGUUAGUCUGUUUUUCGAAUCAUGUCCUGUGUGUUUUUAACAUGGGAUGCACCUCAGCUUUCUUUGACUUCAUGAAAUUCACUGAGGGAUGACAAGUUAGCAUUCCAGAUAUUGUCAACAUGCUAAACACUGACACAUCCACACAGACUCACCUGGUAAUAGCCAAUUAUAGAAGGAAAAAUGAAGCUCAGUGUGCAAUAUGUGCCGUCUACAAAUGUGCCUAUACGUUUGACUGUAUCAGCUAGAUGUUUUCUUUCAUCUAGAAUUUGUUUAAAGCUCAUCACUGCUUUUUUUUGUAUCUUGCACAGUAAGCAUUAAAAAUGAUAUCAUGUACCAGU